GGUUUUUUUUUCUAACAACAUGCUCUUUGUAUCCUACUGCUUCGUUCUCACCGGUUUGGUUUCCAUAAUACCAGAAGGAAAAGGAAAAAUGCUGUGGAUAUUUCGUUAUUUUCUUGUCUGUGUUUUGUUCACCAACCUUGUAACCGCUGAGGAUCAAUGCAGGAUAGAAAUUAACAUUCGUGGCAUGACUCUCAAAGGUUUCGUUUUCAAGAGAAUGUCAGUAGCAGCUCCUCAUUUCUGUGAUUUCUUAUGUGAAAGGGAAAUUAUAUGCCAGAGCUACAAUUUCAACAGAAAAGAACAGAUCUGUGAAUUGAACAACCGCACAAAGGACGCAAGACCCGAGAACUUCCGCUCGGAUCCAGCGUGGUUUUAUAUUCGCCGUUUGAACGCAAGAGCUCCCUUGGGUUCGAUUCCGGAGUUACCAGCACGUUCAUGCCGGGAAAUAACAGCAAGCGAAGGAAAAAACACUGCAAGCAACAAAUACUGGCUGGAUCCAUCUGGCACUGGGAAGGGAAUUCUGGUUUACUGUGAUAUGCAUUUGGAAGGAUUUACAGCUGUUUUUACAAAUCUUGGUAAGAGUGGAACAAAGGGUCCAGACUCAGUUGGCAGUCACUACACAGGUCAGGAUCAUGACGGACAAGUUACAGUGUCCAGCGGUAUUCAACUGUGGACUGUGCCACACACUGGUGAAUACAGAAUAGAAACAAUAGGAGCCUCAGGGGGGUACAGUAAGGACAGUGUCAUCAACGGAGGGAGAGGGGCGCGGAUGAUUGGAAACUUUAUGUUGACCAAAGGUGAUAACAUUAGUAUACUUGUUGGUCAAAGAGGGCAAAAAGCGUAUUCUAACAAAAAAACUGGCUCAGGCGGAGGAGGUACAUUUGUAGUAAGAGGAAACAACAAGCCUUUGAUCAUAGCCGGAGGUGGAGGAGGAGUUGCAAAUAUGACAGAACAAUAUUCAGGAUGUGAUGCGUCCAUAAACACAACAGGGAAUGCAGGGUAUAACUCGCCAUUCCUGUCAGGAGGAAUGAACGGAUAUGGAGGACAAACUGAUGAACCGAACUCUGGUGGUGGCGGUGGCGGUGGCGGUGGCGGUGGCUUCUACAGUGAUGGAGAAAACACAGAUAUUUCUAAUGGAGGGGGAAAGGGAGGUAAAGGAUUUGUAGCCAAGGGAAAGGGAUUGGGGGGAGCAUAUCGGGGUGGGUUUGGAGGUGGGGGUGGUUAUAGUCUAGAUAGUGAGUUACCUGGGGGAGGUGGAGGGUACUCUGGGGGAAGUGGAGGUGCGAAUAAAAAUAUUUCCUGUGGUGGAGGGGGAGGUUCUUUCAACAACGGAACAAAUCAGCAAAAUGAAUGUUGUUAUAAUACUGCUGGACAUGGUAGUGUGAUCAUAACGCUUCUCCAUUGAAAUACAUGGCAGCACUUUUCUUAGCGUCUAGUGGUUAUUCUGUUUUGAAGCGCUAAUUGAUGUCUGUUUUUAAACUCAAUAGUUUAACUUUUUUGGAUCAUUAUUUAGAUUUUGUUAUUAAGCCGUGUUACUGUAAGACAAACAGUGCAACAUGUGG